UCAAAAAGAGGAAACCAGAAGACUUCAGACAUUGUUGUAUAAUACCACCGGCUGGAAGGACCGUGCAGAAGACGGAAAUAUCUGCUUAAUCUGAAGAAAUAUCAGAGCAAACCUGGAUGUUUAGAGAUCCUCAGAACAUCCAGAGAAGGAUGUAAGGGCCUCUGAGGUAAAGAUAAAGGAGAGGGCGAGAUGGAUGGGAGGAAGCAGAGAGGAGCAGACGCUGUAACCUUCUAUGCACCUGCAGAUGACGGCAGGAGAUCGGAACUCAGAAUCAUCCUCGUUGGUAAAACUGGAGCUGGGAAAAGUGCAACAGGAAACUCCAUCCUUGGCGAGAGAAAGUUUGAGUCCAAACUCGGGGCAAAGUCAGUAACUUUGACUUGUGCAAAAGGGCAAAGGAGCUGGAAUGGGAGGGAGCUUGUGGUUAUUGAUACACCUGCCAUUUUUGACGGAAAGGUUUGUGAGACAGUAACUCAUAGAGAGAUUGUUCGUUGUAUCGCACUCUCUGCCCCUGGCCCCCACGCUCUGCUGCUGGUCACCCAGCUGGGCCGUUACACUGAGGAAGACAAGGAUGCAGUGAAGGGAGUAGAGGAGAUUUUUGGAGUUGAAGCCAUGAGGCACAUGAUUGUCCUGUUCACCCGGAAAGAAGAUUUAGGGGUUGGCUCACUGCGUGACUAUGUGAGAUACUCAGAUAAUAAAGAUCUUAAGGGGCUGAUUCAGAAGUGUGGGAACCGAUAUUGUGCUUUCAAUAACAAAGCAACUGGAGCAGAACAGGCUGAACAGGUUUCUGAGCUGAUUGAAAUGAUCCAGAGAACAGUUCAGGAGAAUGGGGGAAGCUAUUAUGUCAGUGAGAUGUAUUUGGAACCUAAUUUAACUGAACAAAACGUGAGAUAUCUUAUUGGAAUAAAUAAAAGAACCAGGGCGAACACUCUUUUUACAAAGCAUAGGAAAGUUAUUAUGGCCUUUGGGGUUGCUGCAUUUGUUCUUAUUAUUGUAUUUCUCCUGAUCUACCUCGUCGCUAACAGUCAUUAA